GGCUGUCGCUUGAAGGGGUCGCGCGGUCGGGGAUAGCUCCCAAAGUGCCCGCAGAGAGCCGCCCCGGGCCCAGCCCCGGCCGCGGUGCGGGAUGGAGGACUCCGCCUGAUGAGUCGCUGUCAUGAGAGCACCCUCGGGUGCAGGACGCGUGGGUGCCCAGAGAUGCAGCUGCAAGAAUUUUGAAAGGAAAUUUCAGUCUGAGCAGGCAGCUGGCUCUGUAUCCAAAAGCACACAGUUUGAGUAUGCCUGGUGCCUGGUGCGAAGCAAAUACAGUGACGACAUCCGUAGAGGCAUCGUGCUCCUGGAGGAGCUGUUGCCCAAAGGGAGCAAAGAGGAACAGCGGGAUUAUGUCUUCUACCUGGCGGUGGGCAACUACCGUCUCAAGGAGUAUGAGAAGGCGCUCAAGUAUGUGCGAGGUCUGCUGCAGACGGAGCCCCAGAACAACCAGGUCAAGGAGCUGGAGCGCCUCAUCGACAAGGCCAUGAAGAAAGAUGGACUAGUGGGCAUGGCCAUUGUUGGUGGCAUGGCCUUGGGUGUGGCGGGGCUGGCUGGACUCAUUGGACUAGCUGUCUCCAAGUCCAAAUCCUGAAGACAGCCUCACCUGCUCUCUGCCCUGGUGCACCUGGGAGCCUGGGGGACACUGGAAAAGGGUCCUGUCCAUCCUCACCAUCGCCUUCCCGUUUCUUCCCCAACCCUGCCUCCACCUCUACAGUCCCCAUGACCUUACCCCUGACACCUGUUACUUAACCCUAAGUCCCGCUUCGCAAUGAGUGUAAAUAAAAUUGGGCUGUGGCUGGGAA